AUGAUCUCUGAAUUGACUAUCAGCGUCCUGGAGUCUCCUCUUUUUCGGAUUUUCAUAAUCGGAAUUCUCAUAAAGCUUCUAUAUGAAGCUGCCUGUGGACCAGGACUUUAUCCCGGGUUUCCUGCAGCCGGCAUCGACCCAAAGGAUGGUUAUUCUCGGGGACUUUCCAAGGCUCGGGAGAAUUGGUUUGCCCAUGGGAAGGAAAUCCUUGACCAGGGCCUGAAAAAGUUUGCGGGUUGCUUCCAGGUCUUCACAGAAGUUGGACCUAAGAUUGUGCUACCCAAUCGAUUUGCAGAUGAGAUACGCAACCACCCUGGUUUGCAUUUUGGCAAAGCCAUAUCUGCUGAAUUUUUCGGGUCAUAUCCUGGAUUCAAGCCCUUUGCCGCAGGCGACUCGUCCCAGGUUGUUGUGGACACCGUGAAAGGCAGGCUCACGCAGUCACUCAACCUUAUUACAGAGGAGCUAGCAGACGAGACAUCCAAGGCUGUUGGUGACCUCUUUGGUGAGCCGGAAACUUGGACGGAAAUCACAUACAAACCGAAGCUUCUGCAACUUAUUGCCCGUAUUUCAUCACGGGUCUUCAUCGGCCCAGAGCUGUGUACCAACGAAGAAUGGCUGAGCAUCAGCAAGGAGUACACCGUGGAUUCAUUCAUCGCCGUGCGCGCCCUGCGACUGUGGCACCCGUCCCUGCGUCCUAUUGUUCAUUGGUUUCUACCAGAAUGUCGCAAGCUCAGGGCGACCCUCAACCAGGCGCGGAGAAUCAUCAACCCUGUUAUCGAGAAACGCCGGGAAACCAAUCGUCAGGCCCACGAGGCUGGACAACGUCCUUCCAAGAUGGCAGAUACCAUCGGUUGGAUGGAUGAGGCGGCCCAGGGACGACCGUACGACGUGGCCACGGCCCAGCUUGGUCUCUCGCUUGCAGCCAUUCAUACGACGACGGAAAUGGUGAGCGGUCUCAUCAGCGACCUCUGCGCCAACCCCGAAUAUUUUGAACCUCUGCGUAGUGAGAUCAUCGCAGUCUUGGGAGACAAGGGCUGGUCAAAGAGGGCGCUACAUGAUUUGAAACUUAUGGACAGUGCAAUGAAGGAGUCACAAAGACACCACUUUGGUGAUAUUGCCGCAAUGCAUCGAAUUGCUGAAAAGUCAUUCACGCUGUCAGAUGGUACACAAAUCCCCCGAGGGGCUUUUACUAUGGUUAGUAUCGACAAAAUGCACGACGAAGGUCUAUUCACCGAACCAGACAAAUACGAAGGCAGCCGGUUCCUCAAGAUGCGUCAGCAACCUGGGCAUGAACACCGUUGGCAAUUCGUCUCGACCUCACCCGAGCAUCUCAUCUUCGGUCAUGGCAAGCACGCUUGUCCUGGACGAUUCUUUGCUGGGAAUGAGAUUAAGGUUGUGUUGGUCUUCCUGCUAAUGAAGUAUGAUUGGAAGUUCACUUCUGAGGGCCGCAAAGAAGACAAUGCUUUUGGCCAGGAGGUGGAUACAGAUCCAACUUCCAAAGCAAUGAUCAAAAGGAGGAAGGAGGAAAUUGCUUGA